AUUUCAAUACAAGUACGUUCUGUUUCAGGUACUCACGCAAACAAUGGGAUCCAAUCAAAGAUACAACCUCAACUGUUUCGGAGUUGAACCAAAGACUAACAGAAUGGUUCUGAGAAGCGAUUCCGGCCUUUUUCCUAAAGUGAGGAAAAAUUUCCAACUCUACAAUAUUGGACGAGUACCGGUGAGAGCAGAGGGCAAAUAUGGAACUGCAGUGCAGUGGUUAGGAACAGUAACUAAAGCAACAGUUCAGCCCGGAGAAUCAAAAAUUCUGGACAUGCAGGGCAAGCUAUACUAUGUCGUAGGAGUUAAUCUGGCGAAUGACAACAGCAACACCAGAGCUCUGGUUCACGUAGGAUACCAGGGCAAUAACUACCCUUGGUACACGAAUAAAGAGAACAAUUGGGAUCCCAAAAUGAAGAUUAAUGAAUUGGCCAAAAUAAUGGUUCAAUUUGGAGUCGGAAAAAUACCAAUCGUAGGAGAGUAUCUAGCUCCCUUGGUAGGAUUCUUCUGGCCAGCACAUGGACCUAGCAUUUGGGACCAAGUCAAGGACCAAGUCAAAGAUCUGAUUGAUACUAAAACCAAUGAAGUUAUCACAGGAAUCCUGGGAGGCGACCUCAGGCACUACAAGGAGAGGAUUCAAGUGCUUGAAGAGGACUUGGAGAGACACGAGGACGUUUCUGGUCACUUCAUGAAUAUAGCGGAGGACCUGAUAGGAUUUGAGCAGAAGUUUAUAUUCAGGAAGGAGGAUAACUCCAGAGCUGGUGAAAUAAACUUUCUGUUACUCCCCAUGUAUUCUUCGGUGGUAUCCCUGAAAAUGACUUUCAACCAAUUCGGUAUUAUGAACCAAAAGCAAAUUGGGCUCUCAGACGAAGAUGUGCAGAGGCUCAAGAACUACUCUAAGAGGCUAAUUCAAGGAUCAGGUGGUGCUAUUGAGCACAUUACGAGCGUCUUGAAUGACCGCAUCGAAUACCAGCUGAACAACUGUAUUCCAGACCAGGUUUACGACGCCUUGGUCACUGUGCGGACAUAUUGUGGACUCAACGGAACUGAAUACUUCGCUUACUGGAAUAAUAUAUUGGAACACCCGGAGUCGGAAACCAAACCUUACAAUGACGUCAUAACUUACUCCACAGUGUUCGGCAGGCCCACCCCUAUCCAAGCCAGGCAAAUUGUUCCAGAAGUGGUGCCGCAGCCACUCCAACCGAAGCUCGUCGACGGAAAACGCAAUAAGAUCACAGGGAUUGAUGUCUGGAUGUGGAGGAUCAACAAUGGAGGUGGCGCUCCCAAAAUCGGGGGGCUCAAGAUCUAUUUUGAAAAUGGAGAUACGUCUGAUUUGGGAGUAUGGUCUGCCGAGAAACAUUACGUGUCUUUGAAAGAUGCUUACUGCACAAGAUUGAGUGUCUGGGGUAAUGGAGCUUUGGAUUACUUGGAGUUUGCACUUUCUGACGGUCGCGUUAUGGGUUUUGGCACCAAAAUAGAUGCUCGGGAUAUCCACACGGACUUCCAACUCGAAGAACAUCAUAUUGCUGGUAUCUUCUUGGGCAAUGAUAUUUCAGACCUAGGUGGUCAAGCUGCCAAUAUAGCAGUGUCGUAUCAAUUGAUCACGAAGGAAUGAACUGUAUUUGUCGAAACGUAUCUAAAACUGGCUUAUUUCACAAUAAAUUAUUCAUAAAACGUA